UAAAGCUUGGACAUCGUAUCUUUGUCCUCAACCAUUCCGCGGAGUAUGUCUACCCUACAACUCGAUUUGAACCCUACUGUGGGUAGUGUAUUCAUUGGCGCGCUGUUCUCCGCAUUGUUCUACGGCUCGACAUUGGCUCAAGUUGCGUAUUAUUCCUGGAACUAUCUGCGCCGCGACAGACUACUCGUGAAGAUACUCUGGACCCUCUAG